GUUAUGGGUGAUAAUUCAGUACCAUCUUUGUUUGACCAAGGAACCACUAAGACAUAUCAAAUACCUAUUGGUCACCUGGACUACAAAUUCAUUGAAAAAUGCACAGAUGUUAAACACCUGGAAAAGAUUCUCAGGGUAUUAAGGUCUGGUGAGGAGGGAUGUUAUCCUGACCUUACAUUAUUUUGUGAAAAGCGUAUUGAGCAUUUGCACCCAGCGAGUAGAGCUCUGAGAAAAGAUAAGCCUGCAGCCACAGCUUCUGAUUUUACAGCUGAAGAAUGGGAAACAAUUAAUGGUGAACUAAUGAGCUGGGUGACAGAAAUGAAUGAAGAUGAUUAUAAAUCACAGUUUAUUGAAACAGAUAUACUACAUGAAAGACAAGAUAACUUGCCUCCCAUUCGUUGUUCUAGCAGCUGUCUUCCUGCUAAUCAGAACAAAAGUUUACAAAGCAAACAAAGAAACAAGAAAAAUGUACCACGGGAUUACAGUGAAUGGGACAAGUUCGAUGUGGAAAAGGAGUGCUCUAAAAUUGAUGAAGGCUGUGACGAAAAUAACUCCAAAGCAAGAUUCUUCACUAGACCAAGUUUACCUGUAAUUGAUAAGAAAAUAGAUACAACAGGCAUGACAAAGAAAGACAAGAUCUUUAUUGCUACUCGUGAAAAGGAAAAGGGCAAUGAAGCCUUUGCUAUUGGGGAUUAUAUGGAAGCAGUGACAUAUUACACUCGGAGUAUAUCAGUAUUGCCCACUGUGGCUGCAUAUAAUAACAAAGCUCAAGCAGAAAUCAAGCUUCAGCACUGGCACAGUGCUUUGCAGGAUUGUGAGAAGGUGCUAGAUAUGGAACCUGGCAAUAUAAAAGCUCUGAUGCGCCGUGCCACUGUACACAGUCAUCUGCAGAAUUACCAGACAGCUAUAGAGGAUCUGAUGAAAGUAUUAUAUGCUGAACCAGAAAAUGCCAUAGCUAAGAAAAAUCUGUUAGAGAUUGAAAAGAAACUGGAAGAUAUAAAACCUGUAUCUGAGACUAAAAGCAAAGGGAAAAAAAUACUGAUUCAAGAUAUAGAGGAUUCAGAAGGUGGUGAAGAAAGAGGGGAAGAUAUAAAAGAGUAUGAAAGAAGCAGAGGAGAGAAAAAAACUGGUGUGCCAGUAAUAGGAGAGGCAGCUACUGAGAAGGCUGAAAUGGGGAAUGCACAGAAAAAGUUUCCUACCAAAGGAGGUGGCAUUAGGUCAGAAGACAGAGAGACACAGAAGCAGAAGGAAUACACUGAUGGUGGAGGAAAAAAAGGCACAUCAGAGAAAAAAGCACAAAAGCACUUAUCCGACCAUGAAGGUGAAGUUAAUGGCUUUUUAAACCAUGAUCAAAAGGGUGAAAGCCAUGAAGCUGAGAAGAUCUCCAGAUCGCAUGGAACAGGGUCUCUGUCUGCUGAUGGUGGCAGUUCUUUGCUUCCUCCUAUUGCAGCAAAACUGAAAAGUGAAGGAAAUGAGUUAUUUAAGAGUGGACAGUUUGGAGAAGCUGUGCUCAAAUACUCAGCAGCAAUUGAAUAUGUCAUGGGUUUAGGAGAACAAAAUCCAGGUGAUAUAAGUAUCUUAUACUCAAACAGAGCAGCGUGUUACCUCAAAGAAGGGAACUGCAGUGACUGUAUUCAGGAUUGUAACAGAGCUCUCGAACUUCAGCCAUUUUCUCUUAAGCCUCUUCUACGACGAGCAAUGGCAUAUGAGUCUAUGGAGCGGUACAGGCAGGCAUAUAUCGAUUAUAAAACAGUUCUACAAAUAGACAGCAGCAUCCACGCAGCAAGUGAUAGUGUUAAUAGAAUAACAAAAACUUUAAUAGAUCAGGAUGGUCCUAGUUGGAGGGAGAAGCUGCCACCGAUUCCAGUUGUCCCUGUUUCUGCUCAGCUACACAGGUGGGAUGCAGGCAACUUUACUUCAGAGACUAAGCCGAGAAGCACUGCAGAUGCCAACAGAGAAGAACAAUUGCAGAUGACUAGUGAAAAAGAUGAGGAGAAGUUCAAGACAUUAAAAAAUGAAGGGAAUGAUUUUGUAAAGAAAGGUAAAUACGAAGAGGCUGUAAAUAAAUACAGUGAGUGCAUGAAGUUAAAUACCAAGGAGUGUACUGUCUACACUAACAGAGCUCUCUGUUACUUGAAACUGUAUAAAUAUGAAGAGGCUAAGCAGGAUUGUGAUCAUGUUCUUCAGAUAGAAGAUUCUAAUAUUAAAGCUUUCUAUAGAAGAGCACUAGCAUACAAAGGAUUACAGAAUUACCAAGCCAGUGUUGAUGAUCUCAACAAAGUACUUCUAAUAGAUCCAAACGUUCUUGAAGCAAAAAAGGAACUACAACAGAUAACCCAACUGCUUAGCCUUGAGAGCAAUGCUGUAGCUAGCAGUCAACAAAAGCAAAGAAAGAAGAUAAUCAUACAAGAGGUGACUGAAUUUGAUGAGCAGAAGGAGGGACAGUCUGCUACAUCAGAAGAUGCUGUUUCUGAAGAAGUUCGAACAAGUGCACUGUUGAAGACCGCUGAAAAACUGUCUAUUUCAGAACCAACUAAUGCUUACGACUUUGGUCAGAUUCUAAAUACAGUGAAUGCCAAUAAGGAUGAAUGUGCUUGUGCAGAUCUUUUAACAAUUAUUGAUCCCCCAAAAUUGCCAGUGCUGCUAAGUAACAAACUUGAAGGAGAAAUCUUCUUGAUUUUUAUCCAAUCAUUGGCAUGUUAUGUACUUGGAAAAGAUCCUGGCCUUGUUUAUCAGCACCUUUUCUACCUGAGUAAAGCAGAAAGAUUUAAGGUAGUGCUAGCACUUCUUAGCAAAAAUGAAAAAGAACAGGUUCAGCAACUGUUUGACUUGCUUUCAGAAAAACAAAACCAUCAGUACUCUUUAGAAGAUCUGGAGAGCCUUAAAAAGGUUUAUGAACUUUAAGAAGAACUUAAAUUAAAAUUUAUUUAUUGCAUGCAUAUAGUUGAUGUUAAUAAGAUGGAUGACUGAACUAUGCAGACUUGCAUGAGAUGAAGUGGGUCUUUACCUGGACUGUUUGAAUUCUAUUUUGUUUGAAAGGUAUAUGGAUAUUUAAAACUUGCUGCUCCUUUUUUCUUGUAGUUGUAUACAUUUUUUAAUCUCUAGAAUUUUAUGCAUCUGUUUGUUUUGUGUUCAAUAGCAGAGUUCGUAUUAUUUAACAUACUGGUUUUAAUUAGAUUGCAUUACUUAUAUAUAUAUAUAUAUGUAUUUGUGUGUGUGUGUAUACGUGUGUGUGUGUGUGUGAAUAUAUAUACACACACAAAAUGCAAAAUAUAUUGAUGAUAUGAACCAUAACACACUUUUAGUCAUCAUUUAUUAUGUCAUUUUAUGGAUUGUAUGUUCUUGUGGUAAAGAAGCGUCCUUUAGAUAAAUGAGUCAGCUAGCAAUAGCGUUGCUAAAAUGAGUUUACAGAAAGUAUUAACAUUUUCCAGCUAAAUUACUACAUGCCGUCUUUGUUUUCACUGUCCCUGGUCCAUACAAAACAGAUUUAAAUAUUUUUGGUGCAACACAGCUUAGCAGCAAAGAUGACCUUGUCAUGGAACGCUUUGAAUGAAAGUAAUUAAUUAUUAAAUAGGUCAUUACAUUUUUAAAAUGAUGAACAAGUGAGCAAUUUUUAGUGUAUAGAGAAUUGGGGUUUUUAUGUGCGUAUGUAAGGAUUGAUGGUCUGCAUGGCUUUUGAAGUGGUCGUAGUGAACAAGAGAACAAGUGGCUGCGAUUAGCAAUAAAAAUAUUUAACUCUGAGUUUUGUAAUCAGAUUAUUUAAAACACCAGCUAUUUCUGUUUACAGAUAGGUUCAUAAGGUUAAAACUAAAACCUUUUCAUGAACCCCUUGUGAUUUUGCUUUGUUUCAAGCAGCACUUAGGUCUUACGUUUGAUCCUGAAAAGGCUCUGUUUUCAAAACGAAUCUUUUUGAUUUUUCAAAAUGUAUUUAAAACCCCAAUGCCUUUUUUGCCCCUGUGGGAAAAAAAGUACAUCAACUGACUAGCACUGCAGAAAUAUUAAGAAUGUUAUUUUAU